CCAGUUAUCAUUAGUCAGUGAGUAGUGAUAUUAGUUAGCCAGCAACGUUGUUUGGAAACACAUCGAGAAGCAUGCGAAGCACCUGCCGAAGCCUAUGUCUCUGGCUCUGUCUCUAUUUCGGGGCCAGCACCGGGCUAGCAAUGAUUGCGCCGCGUUGCAAGUCGCCGUACGUGAGGGUUAGGGAGAACUACUGCUACUAUGUUGAUCAUCAGACGAUGCACACAUCGUUCAGCAACUUCUGUUACUCCGACAAACGCACGUCCCGUGUCUGCCUCGACAGUGUCGAGGAGAUGCGCGCCCUCGCCAGUUACUUGUAUGAGUCUGGAUACCACGAUGGAUCACAGUUCUGGAGUGCUGGGAAUCGCUGGGCCGGCGAUCUGCAAUUCUAUUGGAACUACUUUGGACGUGCCAGAGCGUUGAAUUACACCAAUUGGGAACCGGAUCAGCCGACGCCAACCAUGGGUCUCAACUGCAUGCUCCUUACCCUGAAUCGUGGGGAACUGGUGAUGAGUAGUGAGUCCUGCUAUACCGAGGCCAUCGAUAUAUGCGAGCAAUUGCUCAGCAACGAGCCAUUGGUGAUCCACUGAAAGAAUCAGAUAUAGGAACCUCAUGAGCUUACGUACACCGUUUUUGUAUACCCUGUACCCGUAGGGUAAAAAGGGUAUAUUAGGUUUGUGCAAAGUAUGUAACAUACAGAAGGAAGCAUCUCCGACCCCAUAAAGUAUAUAUAUUCUUGAUCAGCAUGA